AUGCCUUCUGCACCGGGAGUUGAAGCAGGAUUUUGCUUUGAAUCCCUGGCAGAGGACAAGGAGACCUUGGUUGUGGUUAAUGUUUGUGGUCAUUCUUCCGUUGGAAUGGCCUUGGCGAAGAACAUGGAACCCAUUCCGGAGACCUAUUUGGAUGAGUACGGUCUUGAUAAUCUAAUUGUACCAAUAUCUGUUGGGCCUCCAGAAAAGUACGAAGGCAAAAAAUAUAACUUUGUUAUAGACGUAGUUAUCCAUCCUUCUUUAACUCAACGUUGUGUCCAGAGUCAUCAUCUUUUUGAGCAUUUUGUCACGAGGUUAACAGCGCUUGCGAUUGAUUGGAUUCUACAAGAGUGUGGGAUGCGGUUAAAUGUGCGUUGCAGUAGAUUAUUACCUGAUAGAAAGUAUUUUGAAAAUACUAAUAGAAAUAUUGAACGGAUUUUUUCUGAAAUUGCAGAAAACGUUGAGAAGGAAAUGAAAAAAGAAGGGGUACAAGAAAAAAAAGACAAUGAGGGAUCUUUUUUGCCAACAGAGUUAAAAUUAGAUGAUUCUAAAAAUGUGGCCAAGACGAGACGAACACCGUUAGUAACGGAAAUGCCAAAAGGAAGUGGUAUUCGAAAAGGGUUCCUCAAUGAUGCUCGAUUAUACGGAAGCAAAGGUAGUAGCGAGUGUAAUUUACCACCCCCAGAUCCAUUGCAACACUUCCCUGAAAAACUGCGAAAUAGGUGUCAGGUGAUAGAUACUCGUCAACUCAACAGUGUGACUACUACUACAGAGAAAAGAACCUCUGAUUCAACGAUUAAAGCCCUUGAAAACAAGGAAUCUGAGAUUAAACUAACAGAUGUAAAAGAAAAGCAUAAUCAAUGGACCGUUCAAUCUGUAACUUGCACUGAAAAGGAAAUAGUUGUGCGUUUAUAUCCUCCACCAGGUGUAGCUUCUAUAAAAGAUGUGGACUUAACUGUAUCUUCAGAUACGAUAGAAGUUGAUGGCACGCUGGUGCAAUUACCGAAAACUAUAGUCAUUGAUGAUGUCUCGGCGAGGUUUCUAAAGUCAUCGAGGACGAUGAUUGUAAAUUGUCCAUUAGCUUAG